AUGAACUUUCGAACAAUUGGAAGAAAGAUUGUCGCAAUUGGACGCAAUUACGCUGAACAUGCCAAAGAAUUGGGCAAUCAAGUUCCAACUGCACCAUUCUACUUCCUGAAACCAACAUCAUCGUACCUGUCUGAUGGAGAGAGCAUUGAGAUUCCAAAGGGUCAAAUAGUGCAUCACGAAUUGGAGCUUGGAGUCGUUGUUGGCAAAGGUGGACGGGACAUUGCAAGUGCUAAUGCCAUGUCUCAUGUUGCUGGAUAUGUGCUUGCUCUCGAUAUGACUUGCCGUUCGCUACAGGACGAAGCAAAGAAGCAAGCUCGACCAUGGUCAAUGUCGAAGGGAUUCGAUACCUUCACGCCGAUUGGCUCCUUCAUACCAAAGGACAAAGUAAAGGAUCCACAUGCUCUGAAGCUGUGGCUCAAGGUUGAUGACAAGAUGAGACAAAACGGCACCACCGCAGACAUGAUCUUCAAGAUUCCAGCAUUGAUUGAAUACGUGUCUGCCUCUAUGACACUGGAGGAGGGUGAUUUGAUUCUGACUGGAACACCAUCAGGAGUAGGACCAGUCAAGCCUGGAGAGAAGCUAAUUGGUGCAUUGAGUGAUGCUUCGGGGAGUGAACUCGCCAGCUUCAAAUUUGGUGUGAUUGCACGUCCUGGAUCAGGAAUAUUUGGGUCUGGCAAGAUAUAA